AUGGCCGAUCCGUACGGCGACGGCCGGGCGCUGAGGAGUCAUCAGCACCAGCAGCAGCCGCCGGCGCAGCAGCAGCGGCCCAGGCUGAAGCCGGCGCUGGAGAUGGAGGACCUCAUCAGCCUGCUCCACGGCUCCGAUCCCGUCCGCGUCGAGCUCACCCGCCUCGAGAACGACCUCCACUGUAAGCUCCAUUGCCGAUCCGAUCUGCCCUCCAGAUCGGAUCUCCCUCCCUCCCUCCUCGCCGCCCGGAGCAAGAUUCCGCCUUUCCACCUCAACGGAUUGGAUUUGGUGCUUGCUUGCUUGCAGACAAGGAGAAGGAGCUCGGCGACGCGCAGGCGGAGAUCAAGGCCCUGCGCCUCUCCGAGCGGGCGCGCGAGAAGGCCGCUUACCGAAGAACUGGCAAAGGUGGAUGGGAAGCUCAAGCUCACAGAGUCUCUCCUGGAAAGCAAGAACCUUGAAGCGAAGAAGAUCAACGAUGAGAAGAAAGCAGCGCUUGCUGCCCAGUUUGCAGCGGAGGCUACGCUGCGGAGGGUUCAUGCGGCGCAGAAGGAUGAUGACAUGCCUCCCAUCGAGGCCAUCCUUGCUCCGCUGGAGGCCGAGCUGAAACUAGCCCGUCAAGAGAUUGCAAAAUUACAAGAUGACAACAGGGCAUUGGACCGUCUUACCAAAUCCAAGGAAGCUGCUCUGCUGGAAGCAGAAAGGACAGUUCAGAUAGCAUUAGCGAAAGCUUCCUUGGUGGAUGAUUUACAAAACAAAAACCAAGAAUUGAUGAAACAGAUCGAGAUAUGUCAGGAAGAGAACAAAAUCUUGGACAGAAUGCACCGCCAGAAGGUUGCUGAGGUCGAAAAACUUACUCAGACCGUCAGAGAGCUAGAAGAAGCUGUUCUUGCUGGUGGCGCAGCCGCAAAUGCUGUUAGGGACUAUCAGCGGAAAGUUCAGGAGAUGAAUGAGGAAAUGAAAACUCUGGAUCGUGAGCUUGCCCGUGCAAAGGUUUCAGCAAAUAGGGUCGCGGUAGUGGUGGCAAAUGAGUGGAAAGAUGGCAAUGAUAAAGUAAUGCCUGUUAAGCAAUGGCUUGAAGAACGGAGGCUUCUGCAAGGAGAAAUGCAGCAACUCCGUGAUAAACUUGCUAUAGCAGAAAGGGCUGCAAGAUCAGAAGCUCAACUGAAGGACAAGUUCCAGCUACGGCUUAAAGUACUCGAGGAAGGAUUGAGAAUGUCGACAUCGCGAACCAAUGCAAGUGCUGCGCGCCGCCAGUCUAUUGGUGGCGCUGAGAGUGCAUCCAAGACCAAUGGCUUUCUAUCAAAACGGCCAUCAUUCCAGAUGAGAACAUCGGUAUCUACCACCACGACUACUCUGGUGAACCAUGCGAAGGGGGCAUCCAAGUCUUUUGAUGGAGGGUGUAGAUCACUUGACCGCUAUAAGGGCCAUGUAAAUGGGGUUGGCAUGAACGUAUCUACCGACUCCAGCGAAGAUAAGGAGUCAAACAACUCAGAUGAGAAGCCUAGUGAAUUUACAUCUGUUGAGUCGGAGGACACAGUGUCAGGUAUGCUGUAUGAUAUGCUGCAAAAGGAGGUCGUUGCUCUGAGGAAGGCUUGUCAUGAAAAGGACCAAAGCUUGAAAGACAAGGACGAUGCAGUUGAGAUGUUGGCUAAGAAAGUCGACACUUUAACAAAGGCGAUGGAGUCAGAGGCUAAGAAGAUGAGACGGGAUGUUGCUGCCAUGGAAAAGGAGGUGGUGGCUAUGCGAUUAGAGAAAGAGCAGGAUACGAAAGCAAGAAGGUUCGGCAGUUCAAGCACCUCUGCCUCACAGAUGCCACCUGGAAGGACUCUGCCUCGGAGCGGUUCAGCACGCAACAUGUGA